GCGAGACUCAUCCUGCUCCUGCGUGUAAUGGCCGAGUUGAAUAACAGCCCGCCGAUAAGACUAGAGUCGGUGGCAGCAAGAGCUUUGCUUGAAGACAAGGAGAGGAGGUGGGGUGGGGAGGACAGGGUUGUGUACAGAGAGUGCCAGAAGAACCACGCUGCAAGCAGCGGAGGCCAUGCGAUCGAUGGCUGCGGGGAGUUCAUGCCAUCGGGCAGUGAGGGCACGCCGGAAUCGCUGCGUUGUGCUGCGUGCGACUGCCACCGCAACUUCCACCGGAAAGAGAUAGUAGACGGCGGGAGCGGCAUUGGUGUCGGUGUCGGUGUGGGGGUAGGUGUAGGCGUUGGGCUGAACGUUGGGGUGGGUGGUGGGGGCGGGGGGGGGGUCGGGGGCAGCCCCGGUGCUGCGGCGGGGGGCGGAAGCGGUAGUGCAGCAGGCUAUCCCGCGCUCUGCGAAUGCCAGAGAAGCCGUAAAGAGAGGAAGAAGCUCGCCCAUACGAGCCCGUCGGCUAUGGCUGUCGUACAUGUAGUUAGGGACGUCGGAGGGCACACUCCUGGCAGAUCAGGCGAGGCUCCUCUUCUUCUCCCUGCGGCUACUGCCAAUGCUGUAGGCAGCCUACAGGCAACCGGGGACUCGGAGGGGAUCUACCCUUCCACGGACAGGGACGGAUGCUCUGCAAAGAGAUUCCGCACCAAAUUCACGUCGGACCAGAAGGAGAAGAUGGCUGCGUUUGCAGAGAGAAUAGGAUGGAAAAUUAAUAAGAUGGACGAGCAGGACGUGCGGAACUUCUGCGCAGAGAUCGGGGUUCCCAAGCACGUUCUCAAAGUGUGGAUGCACAAUAACAAGAAGACGUUUCGGACUAUUAAGACGGAGUGAAUGAAUAUUGGCCAUUAGAAGGUUUUGUCCGCUGCACUUUUGCCCCCCUCUCCCCCUUUCACACGAGAGAGAGAGAGAGAGAGAGAGAGAGAGAGAGAGAGAGAGAGAGAGAGAGAGAGAGAGAGAGAGAGAGAGAGAGAGAGUUCCAUGGAGAGCUUGAGGAAUACGGAGGAGGCGUGGCUGAAAGUGAGGGUGGGGUCCACCAUUCGCUCGUUGAUCGAGCUUAAGGGGUGAAGCCAUUGCGAGUAGUGGAACGGGAAGAGGAAGAAGUAGAGGAAGAUGGAGAAGGCGAAGAAAAUAACUUGGAAGAGAAUAACGAAAGCAAGAUGAAGAGGAAGACAACUGGCCGUGGAAGUGGACGAAGAGAGUCGUCAAGAAAUGAACAGAAUGGAGUGCA